ACAAGCGGGUCCCCGGCCGGGCGAGGCAUGCCAUUCUUCUUCACUUAGUCUGACUCGGGGCUAUUGUGGAGCGCAACAAGUAACUCUCUGAGGAGGAAGAAAGGGGAGGGUUCAGGGUUCAAACCCAAGCCUCCCGUCGGGACUCCCUCUCUCUCUGUUGUCAAAUUUGUACAGGCACAAAAAGAGCCGCCGUCUCGCCGGCGAGAACAUCUUGAGGGAGGAGAGGCGAGGGUGAGGUGAAGAAGAAUCACGAUCUGUUUAUCUCGCAGUGGCCCCCCCACACCACCACCCAAGGACGUCUUUAUCCUCUGUGGCGAUCAGACUGUCAGCGGGUUUUUUCCUUCAGGCUUUCUCUGAGAAUAUCAGACACCAAAGAUGGAGUCGUCCGCGACGGAGCUGCCGUCCCUGAUGCCCAAUCAGACGUUCCAAAGCUGCGCGACGGAGUCGGCAAUGGAGAACGUCCUGUUUGGGAGCUUCUACAUCCUGAUAUUCUUCCUCGCGCUCAACGGCAACAGCCUGGCGCUCUGGAUCUUCUCCCACCAGCGCGGCACGUCCUCGCCAGCCAACGUCUUCCUGACCCACCUGGCCGUGGCCGACCUAUCCUACGUGGUCAUCCUUCCCCUGAGGGCCACUUACCACCUCAUCGGGGGACACUGGCCCUUUGGCGAGGUGCCCUGCCGCUUGGCCGGCUUCCUUUUUUACGUCAACAUGUACGCCAGCUUGUACUUCCUGGCGUGCGUGGCGGGCGACCGCUACCUGGCGGUCGUCCACGCCGUCCGCUCGCUGAAGGUGCGCCGCGCCCGCUACGCCCGAAUCAUCAGUUUCAGUUUGUGGGUGCUGGUUACUGUCUCCAUGGCGCCCCUGCUGAUGACCCGCCAGACGCUGGAGGUGGACGGCACCACCGUUUGCUUGCAGCUCUAUCGGGAAAAUGCAUCACGCAAGGCGCUAAUUUCCCUCGCUGUCGCUUUUACGCCGCCCUUCCUCGCUACGCUGUGCUGCUACCUGCUCAUCAUCCGUAGCCUGCACCGGGGGUCCCGGCUGGAGCCCACCCUCAAACUGAGGGCGCUGCGAACCAUCGGUCUGGUCAUGCUUAUUUAUGUGGUGUGCUUCGUGCCCUACCAUGCUAGCCGCACCACCUUCAUCUUGGGCUACAGCCACCCAGAUGUGUCAUGCCAGACGCGCCGAGGCCUGAGCCUGGCCAACCGACUGACGUCACUCCUGACGUGCCUCAACGGCGCCAUGGACCCGCUCAUCUACCUUUUCGGUGCGGAAAAGUUCCGCAGUACCUUGAUACGACUGCUGUGCAAAGACAAGGCGGCGGGGGCGUCCGGAGCCACUAGUGGAGAGUUGAAAGGAACCCAUGAGAGUUCUGUGAGUGCCAAGUCAGAGUUUUGAACUGGAUCUUAAGCCGCUAAAUCACGGGUGUCAAACUCAAGGUCCGAGGGCCAGAUCUGCGCCCCCCACAUCAUUUUAUGUGGCCCCGCGAAAGCAAAUCAAAUAUGUAAACUUCCAUGUUUGCUGAAAGCUCGACCAAAAUUUCAAAUUCUUAUGGGUAGUAAGGCAUAUUCUUGUUAUCAAACUCCUCAUUACAGUACCUUAAACAAAAUUUGAAUAAACUGCUAUUCUUGACUUCUUUAUAAGGGAAACAGUAACUAAAAUGUGGCCUGCAAGAAAAAUGAAUUUGACUUUUGACUUUCAUGCAGCAACCACCCAAAACAAUGACUUUUCCAAAACAACUUAUACCAAUUUUAUUCUUGACAAACACCCCAGAAAAACUUCCCAGGCUGUUUUUCAAAUCCAUUAGCAGCAUUAUAUGUUUUUCUAUUCUCUCUGCCGCAGUGGAUGUAAAUUGCUCGAUCCGCAUACAUUUUUUGGACUGGACAUUGGGAAGCAGGUCCCUUGAUGGUACUGGCCCUGCCAUGAUGGCUCAUAUUAAAUUUAUUGCUUACUACAAUGUGCAUUUGAACAGCUCAGUAUUUGUUCAUUCUCACCUUUUUUUUUCCUCUGCACGUUGGAGUGCCAAAUUAAGCUACACAUUAUCUGAACGUCAUCUGCUUGACACUUGACCAUUACUUUGUAGUGUGUAACUAUUAUCUUUUCUGUUUGUGUGUUUAGCAAGAUUUCCAAUGAUAGCGACCGUCUGAAACGAGUAUAAAGAUGAAGAAGGUUAUGAAAGUUUGAAACUCUGAUUCAGCAAAAAACAUCACAUGCGGUCGUGCGACCCCUGUUGGCUGUACAUAAAAAAAAACGCUGGACAGAAUUGUGUGGAUUUUCACUGGUUUUACUCAUAACCUAGUUCAUAUUUGUCUCAGGUAAUGUUCAUGACAGUACAUCAAUGGAAUCAUCUUUCAAAGAUCUGUCUGAUAAUGCUGGUCUCAUGUAUAUAAAUGUGUCUGACAUUUUAUUCCAAACAUUGGAGCCAUAGCAUUUAUAGCAACUACAACAAAUAAAAUAAUUUCAAUUGCCAAAAUUGCUUUUCCUCGCCAUGUUUUAGUGCGAGUUUAAGCCAAAGUGAGAGCCAAAAGAUGAAGAUUAACAUGAUCACAACUCUAGCAUGAUAGCAUUUAGCUCUUGAGCUUAAAGUUCUGUUGAAUCCUGUACAACCUCAAACAAGUGUUGAAUUCACCCAAUUAAAUAUUUUCACAAUAUAGCUUUAUAUGAUAUUUACAUUUUUAAACUAUGUAUUACUAUCACGGUUUGAUACCGGUAUCAUAUUUACUUGUGCUUAACAAAUCUUCAAUGUAAAUAUAAACAUCAUUGUCCAAAACUGUGCCUUUAAUUCCAUUUCAAAUACUAUUUUUUCCACCAAAUUAAAUUGUUUUUCUUUCAAAAUGUGAUACUUUGUUCCGUAAUACACCCCCCACCCUCCGCCAAAUAUACUCUGCAACUUUUUCUUUCAAAUCUCACUCUUUCCCUCAAAAAUAUAUUACUUCAUUUCGUAAAAUUCAGACUUUAAACUCAUUGUCUCACAUUUUUCUCUCUAGUAUGGCCCUAACUCUCGUAAACCAUUUUAUCUCAUGUAUGGUAACAAGGAAAAAACUUGUAUUGUAUUUGUGAGCUAAUGGUUAGAUAACUGUUGUUAGCUUGUUCGCCAAAAUGCUACGGCAAAGGCUAGCCAAGCUAACAGGAUGACAUUUUUAUACUUCUCUUGCUUUUGUGCUUGUAUAUAUGAUUGUAAAUAGAGAAUGUAGAACAUUUUGAGCCUUUUAUGACUUUAUAAUGUCAACAAUAAAUGUAUUAUGACAAAAA